GGGUCCUUCUGCAGCCUUCUUGGCCGUCUGUCUUUGCGGACGCGUCACUUGAGUUGGAUAAAGGCGGGUGGAGCUGGGAAGUCGUGGGGAAGGGGAUGGGCUUCCAUGUGUGUUUGCAGUAGGACGGAUGCCAGGGGGGUGGGAUUGCCGACUAAUUUGCUAUUCGGGUACGCUGUGCAGUCUGAAAACAAGGAUACAUGCAUCGCAUCGCCUUGCAGUGUGGGCUUCAUCGCCCUCACUUCCUCACCGUGGCAGUCGCUGUAUUGCUGUGUUCCUGUCCAGACAAUGGCUUUCGUUGCCAAGACACCAGCGCCGGCAAAGGCCGCUGCUAGACGACGCACCCAACGUCUCCCGUGGACGUGUUGUGGCAUUCUCGGCCUCCUGCUAUGUCCAUGGGGGAGAGCGGUGCACUCGUGUCAUCAACCCAUAUAGACGGUGCACCUGUACCAAGCAGUGAGAACAUACAGGCACGGAUGGAUAUAUACAGGCGCUGCAAUGCAUACCUGUGAAGGCGUGCCUCUCGGCGCAGCGCCGGGCACGAUGUGGCCCAAGCGCUGGUGGCCCCUGCGGGGUGGGGAGAGAAGGGAGAGAGUCUAUGGGAGAGACUGGGGCCUGAGCAGGACGUGCUGAUCCGCGCCUUUUCAACAAGCAGAGAGAGAAGGAAACGCAGGGGAAGUGGGGGUCGCGGGAAAGAGAGAGAGUUGAGAG